AUGAAGAUAACUCGUUCUUUCUUGGAUCUCGCGGUCUUGACCCUGGCUUCUACUGUUUGCGCGGCACCAGCUACCCCAUUCACGGACAAUACCCUCGAGGCCCCCGGUAUCACUCCCCAUUUCCAGAUCGACCUCUCCGUGGUACCCUUGCAGCUAUCUGCGCGUGAUAUCGACGUGACUGUCGACCAUUCUCUAGAAUCGCACAACUUUUUCGGGAACGAUGAGUGGGCUAUAGCCAUCCGGCCCGGCGUAGGUCCCGUCUGGAUCCACCAGUCACGGUGGAAGACGCUCCUGGAUGAGGUCGCAGUGCCCAGCGAUGUCGAAAGUGAAAUCGGCAACGCAAAUACCACUUCCCCUACCAUGCCCAUUGAAGCUCGCCAAUGGUACCCCUACGGCUACGGUUACGGUUACGGCUCUUACUACCCCUACUAUUACUAUGGCUACGGCUACGGAUACUAUGCGAAGCGCGGUCUGACCAAACGGGAAACUUGUCCUGCUCAGUCCGGGCUCAGCAGCGGCUGCAACAGCGUUUCAGAUGUGGCCAACGAAGCGGCAAUGUAUCCCUUCAACGGUGUUGUAAGGGCGGGCUGGGCGCCCAAGAUGAAUGUGUACUCAGACACCAGCUGUGGUUCCUAUAUGACUUCGGUCAUUGGAUCCGCGUCUUGCGUGAUAUCUCAGAAUCGUAUCCGUGGCAUCCGCACUUUCAAUCAGGAGCUAUAG